CCAGCAGAGCGUAGGAGGGAGGCCGCGGAGAAAAGAAAUCGGGAAAUCCCCCAUCCAGCUCCGCGGUGAGAGAGAGAGAGGGAGAGAGGCGCGGAGGCGAUGCUAGCUCCCGCGCUGAGCCCCCCCAAAAGAUUUCGCGACGCGACGGCCCCCCCAAACGGGAACCUCCCUCCCUCACUGAAUCCCCCUGCAAUCCCCAAAUCCCCGAAAGCCCUAGGGUGUGCAGCGCUGGAGGAGCGGCACCCGAAACCCUACCCACCGGCCAUGGUGAUCGCCGUGGAGGGGAGCUUCGUGCACCAGGACGAGGGGGAGGACGGGGACCACCCCAUGCGCUACCUCCCCCUCGGCCGCGUCUACUCCUCCACCGCUCCCUGCCCGCCCCCCAAGAAGCCCCGCAGCUCCGCCGCCGCCGCCGCGGGCGGCAAGCCGCCCGUGAUCGUCUACUACCGCCGUCGACGCAAGAAGCCGCGGCUUGAGGAGCCACGGCCGUCCUCGCCCGCCACGGCGCCGCGGCAGCCGGAGGAGGAGGAGGAGGCGCUGGGCAGGGGCUCGCGGCGGAAGCGCCCGCUCAAGCACGAGCUGCUCAGCCUGGGGUCUGCCCCGCCUGCAUUGGGCGCGGAUAGAGACGGGGAGGAGCUGCUGGGGCGACGGCAGCCGAGGCGCAGAGGGGGAGUUCAGAAGGAGAUCACUUCGUCGCCCCGGAGGCGACGGCGCCGCAGCAGCCAGCUGGAGGCCGCCUCUCCAUCUGAGAAGAGAUGGGUAGAGUUGGAAAUUCAGGGUGCCGAUCCGCAGGCGUUUGUCGGUUUAGUGUGCAAGGUUUUCUGGCCCCUAGAUGAUGAUUGGUACAAGGGUUCCAUCACGGCCUACACGGAACUAACCAAGAAACAUUCUGUGAAGUAUGACGACGGUGAAGCAGAAGACCUUACCCUAGCUAAUGAAAGGAUACAAUUUUCCAUUUCAUCCGAGGAAAUGAAGUGCCUGAACCUGAAAUUUGGAACAUCUAACCUGGAUAAGAAGGGAUAUGAUGAGCUGCUUGCACUAGCUGUCAGCUUUCAUGACUACCAAGGUCUUGAUCCAGAUGAUCUAGUGUGGGCUAAAAUAACAGGUCAUGCAAUGUGGCCAGCUGUUAUAGUGGACGAGUCAAAUGUUCAUGCUAGCCGGGCCCUCAAGCCAAUUCGGUUAGAUCAAUCAAUACUUGUUCAAUUCUUUGGCACCCAUGAUUUUGCAAGGAUUAAGUCGAAGCAGGCGGUGCCCUUUCUGAAUGGCCUUCUUUCUUCCUUGCAUCUCAAAUGCAAGCAAGCACGCUUCUCCCGAGGCUUAGAAGAAGCCAAGGAGUUUCUCCUCACACAACAGCUUCCAGAAAAUAUGUUGCAACUUCGGAAAUCAAUUGAAAAUGAUGGUUCUGAUGUUAAUGGCCAAGAUGACGCAAUAGGCUCUUGUGAUAAUUUAUCAGAAGAAAGAGCAGAAGAAAAUGGAGAGGAUGCUGAAAUGACUCAAAUAGAACUAGGAAAUCUUCGUGUGAGCAACCUAGGCAGGAUAGUAUCUGAUUCAGAUCAUUUCCAUAACAAAAUGCACAUAUGGCCUGAAGGGUAUACUGCUUUCAGGAAGUUUGCAUCAGUAAAAGAUCCACACCUAGUAACAUCUUACAAAAUGGAAGUACUGAGGAAUUCAGAUAUAAAAGCACGACCGUUGUUUAGGGUGAUCUCUGAAGAUGGAUUGCAGAUUGAUGGCUCUACGCCUAAUGCAUGCUGGAAGGAGAUAUACUGCAGGAUAAAAGAAAAACAGUGCAAUGCUGCCUCGGAACUGGAAGGAAAUGUUUGUCAGAGAUCUGGUUCCGACAUGUUUGGCUUUUCAAACCCACAAAUUAGGCAGCUUAUUCAGGAGUUGCCAAAUGCAAGGUCGUGUUUGAAGUAUUUUGAAAAUGGUGGGGAUACCCUCCGUGGUUACAGAGCUGUUCAUGUUAAUUGGAAAGAUCUAGACUUUUGCAGUGUUUGUGAUAUGGAUGAGGAGUAUGAAGACAAUUUGUUCUUGCAAUGUGACAAGUGCCGUAUGAUGGUUCAUGCUCGGUGCUAUGGCGAACUAGAACCAUUGAAUGGAGUACUUUGGUUGUGCAACCUGUGCCGACCUGGGGCACCUCGCGUGUCCCCACGAUGCUGCCUAUGUCCUGUCACAGGGGGUGCAAUGAAACCUACAACAGAUGGCCGUUGGGCUCAUCUAGCAUGUGCAAUAUGGAUUCCUGAAACUUGCUUAAAAGAUGUAAAGAGAAUGGAACCCAUUGAUGGAUUGAGCAAAAUCAACAAGGACCGCUGGAAACUUCUAUGCAGCAUCUGUACAGUUGCUUAUGGAGCUUGCAUACAGUGCUCACAUCCUACUUGUCGAGUUGCAUAUCACCCGCUCUGUGCACGUGCUGCUGAUCUAUGUGUUGAGGUAAAUUACUUCUAUGAGGAUGAGGACCCAUGUAUUCGUCUACUCUCGUAUUGCAAGAAGCACAGACAACCAUCUACUGAACGUCCAUCUCUUGAAAGUAAUCUUGGUAACCCUGCUCAGUUAGUUCAGACAGACGCGGCUUCAUCAUCUGGUUGUGCAAGGACUGAGCCCUAUAAUUUUCACCGGAGAAGAGGCCAACAACAACCUCAAGUUACAGCUACUGCUUCUGUAAAGCGUUUGUAUGUGGAGAACAUGCCUUAUAUUGUUAGUGGCUACUGCCAAAAUAAAGUAGGCUGUGAUACUAGCUGUGAACCAAUUCAAUCAGUUGCCUUGUUGGAUGCUGCAUCACAAGAAGUUUCUGUCAAUGUGUCUUCUAUGGCUGAAAAAUAUAAAAGCAUGAAGGCCACAUUCAGGAAGAGACUAGCUUUUGGAAAAUCAAGAAUUCAUGGGUUUGGUGUUUUUGCAAAGGUUGCACACAAGGCAGGAGACAUGAUGAUCGAAUACAUAGGGGAGCUUGUUAGGCCACCGAUAUCAGACCUUAGAGAGCGGCGUAUAUACAAUUCUUUGGUGGGUGCUGGGACAUACAUGUUCAGGAUAGAUGAUGAGCGUGUUAUUGACGCUACACGAGCAGGAAGCAUAGCCCAUUUGAUCAAUCACUCAUGCGAGCCUAAUUGUUAUUCGCGUGUGAUAAGUGUUCUCGGGGAUGAGCAUAUCAUCAUUUUUGCAAAGCGGGAUAUAGACCCAUGGGAAGAGUUGACCUAUGAUUAUAGGUUUGUUUCGAAUGAACAACGGCUUCCUUGUUAUUGUGGAUUUCCAAAAUGCCGGGGAGUGGUUAAUGAUGUUGAAGCAGAGGUCCAAUCAACCAAAAUAAGAGUCACCAGAAGUGAAUUAUUUCAGCAAAAAGACUAAUGAGUGAGUAUCUGGAAAUGCCCAAGGCUUGGAUUUACUGAAUUGAGGAACUGCGGUGCUGCCUGCGAAAAGCGGUGCUGCCAGUGCUUGCUGUAAUAUUCUCAAAUUGACCGGCUUUAUGAUUCUAGGAAUGCUAACGAUUCAUUCUCACAUUGUUUUAGAUGGAAUGCCAGUGUAGUGUAUAGAUACUCAGAAGUAGGUUGGGCAAUCCAACAUGCAUGAUUGCCAACCAUAACUGAAAUUGAUGAUCAUGUAGGGCAUAAAAAGUAUUCAGAGUUUACAUGUAAUUCGGCCAUUCACUGUUUCCAGUGUGCCCUGCCAUAGGCACAGCCCAUUUGAUGUGUAAGAAGUCAUGAUGUUAAGUGGUGACUGAAAGACUUGCUAAUGCUAAUUGUUAUCAGUUGUAAACUAUGUGCC